UAAGCACUGUCUGGAACACAGUCUAAAGGUGGUGUUUACUAAAUCAAAAAGCUCUGGAGUGGCCAGCAUUAAUUGGAAGCUUGAAGCAGGUGCUGUGUUAAUGCUCACCAUCUUAUAUCAAAUGGUGAUUGCAGCCCAUAUUACACUGUGUCCAGCAAGAGGGAUGAGAUGAACCAUGUCAUGAGGAAUGAGCCAAUAGCAACAGCUAGUUUGGAGCCAGUGAAUCAUUCAGGAAGUCACAUCAGAACCUUUCCGUCUUCAUCCCGUGGCAGUUCCCAUCUGACUCUGCCUCACUCUGACACCAGAUCACUUGCUCCUCAAACUUCCAUGUCUCCCAGCACCCUACGUUUGGAUGAAAAUCUCCCAAGCCUGCACAUCAAACAGGAAUGGCCGCAAUUCCUUUCUGAGAGCGAAGGGCUUUCCAGUCAUUCUGAAAUCGGGGUUGCCAGCAGCCUGUCAUCAGAAGCUGAGCCAUUGAACAGCAGCAUCUCUGGUUUCUAUUCAUCUUAUUUCUUCAGCAAUGAUAGCAGCUCUUCACUGGGUUUUAUGUCAAGUGCCGGCCCUCGUCAAGUGAGCAAGCUACAACUGGGCAAUGUCAAGAAACGAUCAGUUUCAGCGUCACCACUUUCAACUGAUGGGCUCGACAUCACCGCCAUCAUUCGCACCUCUCCGACAUCACUUAUUGCUUGUGUCAAUGGGAUGAGGAGCACAUCCACCAGUCUUCUUUCUCAGUCUGGAGGAAGCGGUCACGUCGGGUCACGGAAGAACGGCAGUGCGCAGUCCUGCUCUAUGCUAGGCAGCCAGUGUAACUCAGCUCCUCCAGCAUCGUCCCUGUCCGCAUUCCCAACGCGCAGUGGUGAGCAAGAGGAUAACGAAAGUGAUCAUGUUCCUUUGCAGCAAGUGGAGGAAAACAUGGACCUAAGUCUGGCCACGGGAAACAUGGUUGUUCAACAUGGAGUGAUUGAUGGUUGCAAUAAAAUUAACUUUUUCAAGCAUGAGCCCAUUGAUGACUAUUCACAUGAUAUAAAACUGUUUCAGCACCACCAUGGUCCUCCUCCUCCAUACCAUUCCCAGCAGCAUUUUGGUCAAUCCCAUGGGACUAUAACUCACUUACACAGGCAACUGCCCAAUGGACAGAUUCAACUUGAAGAUGCUCACGAGCUGGUCAAGAACUUUGGGAAGCAGGUAUGUCGAUGGAUAGACUGCAGUGCUGUCUAUGACCAGCAAGAGGAGCUGGUGAGGCACAUCGAGAAAAUGCACAUUGACCAGCGUAAAGGAGAAGACUUUACUUGUUUCUGGGCUGGGUGUGUGAGGCGCUACAGGCCCUUUAAUGCUCGUUACAAGCUCCUGAUACACAUGAGGGUUCAUUCAGGAGAAAAGCCCAAUAAGUGCAUGUUCGAAGGCUGUAAUAAGGCAUUUUCUAGACUAGAAAAUCUCAAGAUCCACCUGCGGAGCCAUACUGGUGAGAAGCCUUACCUUUGUCAACACACCGGCUGCCAGAAGGCUUUCAGCAACUCCAGUGAUCGUGCCAAACACCAGCGAACACACCUGGACACAAAACCAUAUGCUUGUCAGAUCCCAGGGUGCACAAAGCGCUACACUGAUCCAAGUUCAUUGAGGAAGCAUGUCAAAGCACACUCUGCCAAACAGCAACAGGUGCGUAAGAAGCUACGCUCAGGCACUGAUCUUGAACAAGAUAUGAUGAAUGACUGCCAAACUAUUCAAGCUCUUCAACCAGCAACUUCUCCGUGCAGUGUAACAAACAACACAAUUGGAAGAACUUUGGUGGUCAAUCAUGAGCUGUAUCCAGGGAUGUACAGUUGCUCACCCACCAGGCACAAUGGGCCAGCGGCAUCCAUUUUAUCAUCUCCACAGCUCACCCGAAGUUCGUCCUCUGACUGCCAUUCCCUGGAAGGGGACUUACACAGCCCACAUGGUCAUCUUGCACAGCUGUCUAAAGUGGAAGAUUCAAAACUAGGGGAUGGAUCUGUUGUUCUUCCUUUCUCUUCUCUAGCCAGUCCACGGAAAAUGUUAGCUCCAGCAUUGCUACAGAAACAUGGUUCUCACUCACCUCAACCAACAAGCAAUCAACUCAACACAGGGCAACAUAAAUCCUACCCAGUUUUUCAAAGUCAACUGAUGCAACCCAUUCAAUCAGGUUACCAAGGAAGUUUUCACACUAUGCAGCACACUUUCCAGUACAGCGAUUCAUUUAGAACAAUGGAGCAAGCUACGAUUCACAAUUCCCUUUCGGCAGAUGAUUCACAUUGCCCUAGUCCAGUUCAGCAUAAUGGCUACCAUUCAUGCAUUGCACAUGCAAGUCUAUCAGGGUUUGACAUUGUCCCAGAAUCUCAAGGCACAUUCGGAGAAACACUUCGGAAUGAACCAGAAGACAAUGGACUCUUCCAGAUUAGCACCGUUGACCGAUGUCUGAAUCAGCUGUCCUCUGUUUAUACAGAGACCUGAAAUCAUCUUUAACCUUACUGGACUAACAACUGCCUGGUGUGCCUCUGUUCAAGUUACAUUCAAAGACUUAGGCAAAUAUAUUGGAAUAGUCAAAGUAUCUCAUUGCAUUUCCAACUCCAAAUGCUGAUCAUCCAAAGUGAAAUGAUUAUAGGUGAAUAUUAGAGUAUGUACACAAUCCUCAUGAGCCUCUCGCUGCAUAUAUUAAUGAAAUCAGCACAGCUGUCAUUGUAACUUUAAGCUUCAUCAUUUCUGUAAACUUUUUUCUGCUUAUGUACAAUUGACUGGAAGCAAUCCCAAACACUUUCAACUUAUGAUAAGGGUCCCUUGUAAAACUGUCAGUGUUGCUGGCGCAAAUUGAAAUGUCCAAAAAGUCACACAAUUGCAUAUUAUAUGAUGUGUGGCGCAUUGCAAGUACUUGCUAGCCUAAUGAACAAGGAUGUUCAACAAUGUUUUAACAAAUAAAAAAAAAGGAAAUAACUUGCACUAUCAUUCCGAAUAUUCUUCCAAAGGUCAGGCAUCACUCUUGAUGCUAUUGCAUCAAUUCAUCUUGAGGGUAUGUUUAAACCUUUCAACUCCCCCAGCUAUAAUCAAAAAUGUACAAAUACUUAUCCAUCUUCAUAUCUUCACUACAAAACAUUGGCCUGAGAUCAACAUCUGUGUUUGUAUUACAACCACCCUUACUGCAUCUCAUUGUCCACAGAUACCGAUAAAUCCAGCACCUGUUAUAUUUUUAAUUUACUUAUAUGCACCAGUUUUAAAGGUAAACUUGAAACAAUGGACAUCUACAGUAUAUCAACUAGAAUCUCAAAGAUAACUUAAUAUUUUAAGUGUCACAUGGAUAAGCAUCACAUAAUUUUGACAUUUUCCCAAAUCCCUCAACAUCUCUUUGUAUGCUUAAACCAUUCUUAAAACCUGUCUGUUUAACCAAGAUUUUAAUACCUCAGUUUUUCUGCCUUUGGCUUGAUUAAUCUUUCCUAUGACUCUAGGAAGCUCAUUGCGAUGUUUUGCUGCAUUAAAGGUGCUACAUAAAUUAAAAUAUUUUGGAUGUAUUUCAUUUUUGCAGUGUCUGGCUUGCUGAGCAUUUCUAAAGACGGUUUAAUUUCAGAUUUACAAUAUUUGCAGUGUUACAGAAUUUUAAACAAUAAACAUGAAAUGUGUUGUUGCCAUUGCACUUUUGAUAUUAAUGCUUAAGGCAUCCAGAUGUGCAAAGAGAGCAGCCUAUUUUGUAACUUGUUAAUCACUAUUUUCUGGCUAAGGUCAAAUGUAAAAUAACAUGGGUAUAAGUUUGUAAAGAAUAUUAACUUUAAAAAAAAAUCCCAACAUCUUUGUUUUCAAAUUCACACUUUUUGUACAAACUUUUCACAUCAACAUAAUGUACAUAGUAUGUGUAACAAUUUAAGUAUUCAUAUGACAUUUUACAAUUUAUAUAACUUUUGAAUGGAUUAUUAAAAGCACGUUAUUAAUCGAUAUAUAUUUGUUGACUUCUACUUAAAAAGAUUGAGUUGUUGCUUAAAACUUCACAGAAAUGCAAAAAUGUUGCUUAACACUGCAGAAAAUGAACUUUUUGGAUUUAUUUUGUGAAGGAUAUGUGCAAAAUAACAACCAAUGCCAUUGUGGCCUGAAGUUUUAAUGUUCCAUAUGCAUAAAGCUGAAUGGACCACACAUGACUUCUUUCGACUCUGUUAUUAUGACCUCUACACUUACACACAAAAUGUUAUGUUUUGUUCCCAUGCUAUUUCCGAUUGAUGAUAAUUUUACUUUCAAUAACUGCAGAGUAGGGUGUAUGUGAGUGAUGGAGGUGGAUGUGGUGUAGUCUGAUCACAACUUGAGAUCUUUCUGUCCAGUGUUCAGCAUGUGGUGAAUAACAUACCACUGUCAGGCCAAACUGUACCUCAAGUUCAGGUUUGAUCGCUGUUCAACUAUACACGACUACCCAUAAAAACAGCCAAAUGCAAAGGCCAAGGUGCACAGUACCAAUAGUACUGCAUAAGUUACAUACAAGAUAUCAGUCAGCAUACAGUCAUACAAAAAAUAAUAUUGCCAAAUCCUUGAGUCCAUGAAUAUUGUCAUCAAGAGCAAGCCUGCAGCAGUCUGCUUCCGAACGCAAUCUAGCUGGUCUUCUGCCAAGCUGCAAUUGGCUGGGCUGAUCAGACCCAAAAUUUCAAGUGUCCAGGAGAUGUGGUAACAAGCAUACAAGCACAACAAAGUAACUUGAGCCUUAUUUAUUAUCGUAAAAUAGAAAAUGCAAAUAACCAGACAAAAUAUUACAUAGCAAGUCACAAUGAUUUCUAGGCUCAUGACUCUUAGUCGCCAGUUGAUUGUCACUGUUGACGGGGGAAUGAAAGUCUAACUCACUCAUAAAACCACCCCUGGGUCCUAAAUCAUAAUUCACGAUCAUGAUUUCUGGUUGCAGAUGAAGUCCGAAGAAAAUCCCAAAAAGCAGGUCAAUACAUACACCACAAAAUAUAUAUUCCACAAGUGGGAUUUCCCGGUAGCCAAAGAUUUUAAUUCCCUUUUGCAUUCCCAUUCCAACAUGUCAGUUCAGGUCUCCUCUUGUGCCAAGAUGAAGUGACCCUCAGGGUGGAGGAGCAACAUGUUCUAUCUGGGUGCCCUCCAACCUGAUGAAUAUCAAUUUUUCUUUCUGGUAAACUAAUUCCUCCCCCCCUUUAUUCCCCUCUCAGACUUUUUACUUAUUUUCACCUGCUAUUACAUCCCCCUGGCUCCCCUCCUCCAUAUCUUCCUCCUGUGGUCCAUUCUUCUCUCCCAUCAGAGUCCCUCUUCUCCAGCUCUUGACUUCCCCACCCACCUGGUUUCACCUAUCACCUUCCAGCUGGCCUCUUCCCACUUCCUCUGGCAUCUUCCCCCUUCCUUCUCAGUCCUGAAGAAGGGACUGAGCUGGAAAUGCUGACUGCUUAUUCAUUUCCACAGAUGCUGCCUGACCUGCUGAGUUCCUCCAGCAUUUUUUGUGUGUUGCAACGAGCUUUGCAAGUGCAGAACAACCACAAGACAGACAGACAGAUUUUGACUUUUUUGUAAUCACUCUAUCAACUCAGUCUGGUUUCUUUCAUUUAAACAACACGUGCCCAUUUACACAGUCCUCAUAAAUCAAUUAGACAUUUAAAUGGUCACUCCUUGUUAUGUCAUAGCACACAACAUUCCUUAAUUUCCCAGUGACUGGACACUUAACUUGCCUUGGAUUUCAAAAGAUGCAUUGAUGUUUACAUAUAUAAACAAUAAGCCCAAUCCAAAAAGAAUCCAUCAAGUCAGCUACCUAACCAAUUGCCAGACAUUCUUAUUUUAAUGGUUACUCAUUGUUUACUCUACAGACUCCAUAUGCUAAGCAUUCAGAAAGAGUUAAGUUGUCAUUUGACCUGACAGACAUUCAUUCAUUGAUUUACAAAAUCUACUCAUACCAUCUGUUAAAUGUUUUUCCUGCUCUCCAUGUUUUGUUGAUAAUGAUUGAGUCUGUUGAUUUGUUCACAUUUGUUUUAGUUUGAUUAUUACGUUUGUGCAUUUGUCCGUUCUAAUUGUUGAUUGCUCGUGGCUGUUUGCACUAUUGUCUUGUGACUUGUUGGUUCCUAUUGUAUUGUCUGUUAUGGUAUUGUCUUGUGCUUUAUGCUUGGCACCGAACCACAAUCAGUUCUGGUA